GCCAAGCUGCAGUCCCAGCUGCGCCACGCCCUGGAGGAGGGCUCCCGCAAGGAUGAGGCGCUGAAGCGGCAGACGGCCGACGCGGCUGCACGCGAGAAGGCUGCUGAGGCGCAUGCGGCGUCGCUGCAGGCUACCCUUGCCAGCACCACCGCUGACCUUGCGGCCGCACGCAGCCAGGCGGAGCAGCUGCGGUCCGAGGUUGACGCUGAGAGGGCUCGCUCCGCCAAGUCCGCCGCCCAGCUCACGGAGCGCUACCAGGAGGCCCAGCAGCGCAUUGCGCAGCUGGAUCGGCAGCUGUGUACGGCAAUGGACGAGCAGAAGGCCGCGCGCGAGCGGAUCCAGAAGCUGGAGGACCGGGCCCAGGUGCUGACGGCUGACGGCGCCCAGGCGCGCGAGGAGCUGUCCGGCGCCCAGGCGGCGCUGGCCGACCGCAACUCCGAGCUCAAGAACGCCAACGCCGAGAUUGAGCAGCUGGGUCGGCGCCUGGAGGCGGUCCAGGGCGAGCUGGCCGUUCGCGAGACGGACGUGCAGCGGCUCGAGGGGGACAGCGCCGAGGUCGCCAAGAGGGCGGAGGAGCUGGCGGCGCAGGAGGCGGCAUUGCGAGAGGAGCUGUCGUGCCGCGAGGUUGACGUCGCACGCCUGACGGAGGAGCUUGCAGCCCUGCAAGGCAAGAGCACGGCCAAGGAGGAGGAGCUCAGCACCGCGCUGGUCGCUGCCCAGGCCGCCGUUGCUGCCGAGGCCGCACGUGCCACUGCCGCCACAGCCGCCGCCGAGCAGCGUCUGCGGGAGGCGGAGCGCGCGGCUGAGGCGCGGCUGCAGCGGUUUACGGAGCGCACCUCCCGCGAGAACGACGAGAUGCGCCGUCGCGUGCGCGCUGAGGCCGAGGCCGAGGCGAAGCGGUUGGCAGAGGAGCUCAAGAAGGCUCAUGCUGCGCUGGAGGCGGCGGAGGCGCUCGCGGUGCAAGGCGCGGCAGAGCGUGAGGCGGCGGCGCUGGCAGAGCUGCAGGCUCUGCGCAAGUCGACGGCCGAGGAGUUGGCGGCCCUCAAGGAGCAGGUGACGGCGGCCAACCUCAAGGCUAAGGAGCUCGCCAAGGAGGCGAAGGCCGAGCAGGAGCGGUCCCUCGCUGCGGCACGUGCGGCGGCCGAGGCAGCUGCUGCGGAGCUGCGGACCCAGCUGGAGGCCGAGUACCAGAAGGAGCGCGACGAGGCUGACAGGGAGAUGGAGGCUGUGACAGCUGCCGAGCGGGCUGCCGCCGAGGAGAGCACCAAGCAGGCGGUGGAGGCGGCGCGCGCCGAGGUGGUGGCGGAGAUGGAGGCACGCAUGCGCGAAACCGAGGCCGCGGCGGGGGACCGGAAGGCCAAGCUGGAGGAGGAGGCACAGCAGCUGGCCAAGCGCGUGCAGGAGCUCGAGACUGGCACAACCUCAGUGCACCAGGAGCUCACGUCCGCCCGCGAGCGUUCCCUGGAGCUGGAGCGGCAGCUGGCAGCCGCCCGAGCUGCGACCGAGAUCGCCGCCAGCGACCAAGACAAGGAGUUGAGCCGUCUGCGUGAGCAGCUCGAGCAGCAGCGCGCGAUCCACGAGGAGCGCGAGCGUGCUUGGGAGGCGGAGCGGCGGCAGCAAGAGCUUAAGCUGUUGGAAAAGGAGAAGGAGAUUGAGCAGGCAGUGGAGGAGCAGCGCCGUCAGCAGCAGCGGCUUGAAAGCGAGAAGGCGGAGGCGGAGGCGGAGCUUGAGCGGCAGCGAGUGCGGGAACGCGAGAGGGAGCAGGAGUGGGAGAAGGACCGCGAGCGUGAGCAGCAGGAACGGGAGCAGCGCGAGCGUGAGCUGCGGGAACGGGAGGAGCGCGAGCGUGGGCAGCGACAGCGAGAGCAGCAGGAGCGUGAGCAGCGGGAACGGGAAGAGCGCGAGCGUGAGCUGCGGGAAAGGCAGCAGCGGGAGGAACGCGAACAGCAAGAGAAGCGGGAGCGGGAGAAGCGCGAGCGUGAGGAGCGUGAGCGACAGGAACGCGAGGAGCGGCGGCGGCAGGAGGAUGAGCGGCGUGAGAAGGAGAUGGAAC